AUGACCGUCACCCUCGACCUCGACGCGUCAUCCUCUGACGCGUCAACGCGCAAACACCUUUACGACCUCUCUCUCUCGGUCGCGAAGUGCAAGAAAAUCAUCGUGGUUUCUGGAGCAGGCAUAUCAUGUUCGUGUGGCAUUCCGGACUUCCGCUCUUCAGACGGUCUGUAUGCGCUCGUUAAGCAGCAGUAUCCAGACGUAGUCUUGAAGGGACGCGACCUCUUCGAUUCCUCCCUCUUCCGCGACCCCACCUCGACCUCCGUGUUCUACACCUUCAUCUCGCAGCUCAAAAAGUCUAUAGAUACAGCUGCCCCGUCGCCCACACACAACAAGCUUCUUAGGUCGUAUACCCAGAAUAUCGACGGUUUAGAGGAGCGAGCCGGCCUCGUGGGUACCUCAAGGGAAGAGGUCAGGAUGAAGGGUCCAGGAUCGUCGAAGAUCCGGACGAAGGGGGUGCGCAACGUUCAGCUGCACGGCAACAUACACCGCGUUCGCUGCACCUACUGCUCGGCCGACUACCCCUGUGAUCAAGCCCACUUGGAUGCUUUCCUUGCUGGCAACCCUCCCGACUGCCCAGACUGUGCCCAGCGCUCGAGCGACCGUGUGGCCCGCUCUGCACGCGCGAUAAAGGUUGGCACCUUGCGUCCCGCCGUCGUCCUUUAUGACGAGCCCCAUCCCCUUGGAGACGACAUCGGCACCAUUCAGACCUCGGACAUCGCGCGCAAGCCCGACAUGCUCAUAAUCAUGGGCACGUCGCUGAAAGUCCACGGCUUCAAGAAGCUCGUCAAGGAGUUCGCGCGCGCCGUGCACGAGUCUCGCCCCUCUCCAUCCCUCCUGUCUGGAUCUUCACUGAAGAAGACCGCCAAGAGUCUUGCCGGCAAAGUCGUAUUCGUUAACAAGACGUCGCCUGGCAGUGAAUGGGACGAAAUUAUCGACUACCAUGUGUCCGGCGAGACGGACCGGUGGGUCGAGCGAGUGCUCGAGGAGUGGAAGAAGGCGCGCCCCUCGGACUGGGAGAUUCAGCAGACUCUGGUGGCAACUGGCGAACCGUCGACGUCCGGGCAGUUUCGUAUGGUGAAGGAGAUUACCAACACCAUGGGCGCGAAGGCGAAAGACUCGAAGCGGAAGAACCACCGCAAGCGCGAGAACUUGCCGGCGCCCGUCCCCUCGGACGACGUGUUCGAUAUCACUCUCCCCCUCCCCUCGCCUCCCUCCUCCCCCAGCAAGCGGUCGCUGAGCCGCUGCCACUACAACAACGUCGAGUCGAGCCCAUCCAAGCGUUCGCGGGAAGGCGGCGGGCGGGCUCCUCAGGGGCACCCCGAUUUCGAGGCACGCGGGUUGCUGUUUGGGAACUCGACGAAUGCCACGACAGGCGCCGCGUCGAAGGCGCGCCCCCAUCCAGGUGACGACAGCAUCGACAUGGGCGCGAACCCCGUAGGGACACCGCGGCAGGGGAAGGCGGCGAAGAAGCAGCGCGUGCAGGUCAAGGCCCCCAAAGCACCCAAGUCGGGCGCUGUCAAGGUCGUCGUGAAGAUACCGCCGCGGCGACCAGCGGGGCGGAAGACGGUUCCCUCGUGA